GGCCAAACAGAUCGGAUAUAACGGGUCAGAUCGAAAUUGUCAUUCCUAACGGACAGUGACCGUCUUCGAAUCAGACGGUAAAUAAUCAUUCUUGUCAAUCGUCAUCUUUUGACGGCUUCGAUUUUCUGAACAGAUUGAAAGACGGAAGUGCCCUUUCUCUUUGUUUACCGCAUAAACGCCUAGCCCCCGGGGGAAAAGAGGGCGGUGAGAUUUUGAGUGAAACUAGGGUUAGCUGGAGAAAGGAAGGAGAAGAAACCAGCGAGAAAAGAAGCAGCAGCAGCAGGGAAGUCGGAGCGAUGAGCAGAAGCUUGGGCAUCCCGGUUAAGCUACUCCACGAGGCCUCCGGCCACAUCGUGACGGUGGAGCUGAAAAGCGGCGAGCUUUACAGAGGGAGCAUGUUGGAGUGCGAAGACAACUGGAAUUGUCAGCUCGAGAGCAUUACUUACACCGCUAAGGAUGGCAAGGUUUCACAGCUUGAGCAUGUUUUCAUCAGAGGCAGUAAAGUCAGGUUUAUGGUCAUACCAGAUAUGCUAAAGAAUGCUCCUAUGUUCAAGCGUCUUGAUGCUAGAAUCAAGGGCAAGAGCGCAUCACUUGGAGUCGGGAGAGGAAGAUCUGUCGCCAUGCGAGCUAAAGCUCAGGCUGCUGCUGGUGGCCGUGGAGGACCUGGGAGGGGUGUUGUACCACCUGUUAGGAGAUAAAUCUGCCUUCCUCAUGGAUAAUCUUCGGAUCUUAUUCGCUGUUUUCAUGUUGGUUCACUUGCGAUUCUUCCCUUAAUCCACGAGACGAGAACCAUGAGGGAACCCUGGAUUCUUGAUGCCUUAGAAACUUGAUGUAAAAGCUUUUGUACGGCUCUUGAUGAGGGAACUUGAUAUGACUUUUUUUUUUCUGAUAUGUGGAAUGUAAGUUUUUCUCUGGUGUUCUGUAUGUACCCUUUUUUAUCAUAUUAAACCGCUGUUUGGCAUUAUUCUGAAUUCUGAUGUCUUGUGGCAUGACUUUGCUGCACAAAAUGGUCAACAAAACUGACCCAAUCCAAUUCCAACCAAAAUUAAGCAAAAAAAAUUCAAAAUACACUAGUUAUUAAAAAAAAUUCCAAAAUACGUAGUCAUAAAUUAAUUUCCCGAAGUACCAAGGUUGUCAACCUGCUAGUCGACCCACAUUGACCCUGCCCCAAUGAGAAAAAUGGGUUGCAUGCACACGUCGGGUUGAUCGCUACAAGGUACCGGGUUGGAGGUCAAAUUGUAUCAUUUUUUCUUUGGUUUGCAAAAUGCACCUAUUUUCCGAUUUUUCUUUUUUGCCUAACUCAAUCUUUGGAAUCCUAAGUUGAACAUUUCAAUAUUGAUGUUAUAUAAGUGUGUGAAUUUUCACUAUAUGUUGGAUCUAAGUACGGCACGUUAUUUUGGUGGAAUAUUAUAUGUUAUAACUCAUGUUAGACGAGAUUUGAUAUAAUUUAUCGGGAUAUAUACAAUAUAAUGACUCAUUCCAUAUUUCCGGGCUAAACCGAGUGACCCAUUAACCCUUGACCCACUAGCUCAACCGAGUCCGGGUCAGCCUGCGGGUUGACAACUUUGCCAAGUACACAUGUUUGAUAUUCACCGUCUUUGUCUAAGGCAGAAUAUUAUCAGUGCUUUACUCAAAAACGGUGAAGCCAUCACCGCAUUUAACUAACACGGUGAAAACUUCACCACAUUACUCGAGGGGAUGGGCGUCACGACCAGGAAGCUACCAUGGGAUCAAAUGGCAUGGAGCAUGGUGGUGUGGAUUCCCAUUCAAAAUCCUAAGAUAUCUUAACUGGCGAUUUUGUGGCGAAACCUGCAACAGCUGCAACAAACACUUCAACCAUGA